CCGCAACCACACUUCACUACCAUGACAACCUACUACAACCUUGACAACGCGAUCUCUUCCUUCUUCGAAUCCAAUAAAUCUGUGACCAGACAACAAUGUGAAGACUUCACUCUUUCCCAUGCUGGCGGUCGGGUCAAUCCUGUACCCAUACAGGGUGCUUUCAGCUAUACUCUGACAGCGGGUCCGGAUGAUUCCAAGCUCUUCCAGUUUCGGACCGAAGACUCCAGCUUCGAUACAGACAUCUUGAACCUUGCCAAGAAAGUUCAUCCGCAAUUUGUAGCUAGCUGCAAAUAUCAUGGAACUAUCGGUAACUUACAGCCUCUACAUAUCUACGAGAUGGAGAAGCUUCCUGGAACCCCAUACUUUAUGGCCCGCGAUAUCUCCUUAGUGCAGCCAGCAGACUCUAUUCUCAGACAGCGGAACACGGUAAAAGACCUCGCGAGAUUCUUUGCGCAGUCGUGGAACAACGGUCAACGACUUUAUUCGGGCAAUACUGCUGCUUUACUUGCCGAGUAUGACUCCAAAUUCGACCUUCUUGCUAAAUCACUACCAUCUCAAUUUGCAUCAAACUUGGACAGAGUCCGAAGAUAUCUUCCCUCACUUUUCUCAGGAUCGUUCCCUUUCGUCCUUAGUCAUGGGGACCUUUGCGAGAUGAAUAUCCUCGUAAACUCCGAAACUGGCUACGUCACGGGCAUUGUAGACUGGGCCGAGGCGAGGAUCGUUCCGUUUGGUUUUUCGUUAUGGGGCUUGGAGAACGUUCUCGGGUAUAUGGACUCGGAGGGGUGGCAUUACUACGACAAUCGUGAGGACCUCGAGGGCCUUUUCUGGCAUACCUUUGGCACAGAGAUCAACAAUGCCACAGAAAACGAUUUGCAGUCAAUCCGUUCUGCGAGGAUGGCUGGCUUAUUCUUACGAUACGGUCUUGUCAUGGACGGCACAGCCGUGAAAGGCGUGGUGGACCAGUCCGAUACUUCUUCCCUCGCGUAUCUCGACGCCUUUUGUCUCGCUGCUGACUGGGCUCCACGUGAGUUCAUCAACGUGUGCGCUAGAGACGCGUAGGGCACCAUGGACCCGCCUCAGUAGUCACACUGCGUCUGAAUGCAAUUUAUGGAGAGACAUCGUUGGUGAAUUCCAAUUUGGUUAGAUAGACUUAUAUAACCAGAAACCUGGGUACAGG